AUGAAUUGUCUCAUCUCAGAAAAGGGUUGUAUUUGUCUGGCUUCAGCUCUUUCUUCAAACCCCUCCCACCUAAAAGAGCUGGAUCUGAGCUACAAUUAUCCCGGAGAAUCAGGACUGAAGCUGUUAUCUGUUAGACUGGAGGAUCCUGACUGUAAACUGGAGAAGCUUAAAACUGACCAUGCUUCAGUAAGCAGAGCUCGACCACGUUUGCUGAGAUAUGCCUGUGAGCUCACACUGGACCCAAACACAGCACACAGACAUCUCUCUCUCUCUGAGGGGAACAGAAAGGUGACACGUGUGCGUGAGUAUCAGUCGUAUCCUGACCACCCAGAGAGAUUUGACUGCUGGGAACAGGUGUUGUGUAGAGAGGGUCUGUCUGGACGCUGCUACUGGGAGGCUGAGUGGAGUGGGCGUGGGGCUGAUAUGGCAGUGGCAUAUAAGAGCAUGGAGAGGAAAGGGGGGAGUAAUGACAGUGGGUUUGGAUGGAAUGACAAGUCCUGGAGUCUGGAUUGCUCUGGUAACAGUUACUCUGCCAGGCACAAUAAUGAACACACUCACAUACCUGUCCCCUCCUCCCGCUCCAGCACAGUAGGAGUGUACCUGGACUGGCCAGCCGACACUCUGUCCUUCUACAGCGUCUCCUCUGACACACUCACACACCUGCACACGUUCCACUCCACAUUCACUGAGCCCCUCUAUCCUGGGUUUGGGGUUUGGGGUUCUGACUCAGUGUCCCUGUGCCAGAUCACAUGA